AUGAACCUUCCCCACAACUCCAACAACUUCAACUUCACCACCAGGCCCCCUCCAACCGGCCCCCGAUUCCCCUCCCAAAACCUCCCCCGAGACGACCGCGUCGCCCCCAGCAAAGCAUCCGGCGGCAUCCCCGAUCCCACGCCCCUCUACAUCGCCCAGUCCCUCUCGCUCCCGUCCGCCCUCCGCCAGCCCCGCCGCAUUCUCGUCAUCAUGGACCUCAACGGCACGCUGCUCUACCGCCCCAACAAGCGCAACCCCUUCAACUUCAUCCAGCGGCCCCACGCGCGCGAGUUCCUCGACUACUGCGUCGACACCUUCCACGUCGCAAUCUGGUCCUCGGCCCGCCCCGAAAACGUCGACAAGAUGGUCUCCCAGCUGCUCUCCCCCCAGCAGCGCGCAAAGUGCCUCGUCAUCUGGGGCCGCGACAAGUUCGGCCUCUCCCCCGCCGACUACUCCGCCCGCGUCCAGUGCUACAAGCGCCUGUCCAGCAUCUGGAACGACCCCAAGGUCGCCGUCUCCCACCCCGCCGCCGCCCAGGGCCAGCGCUGGGACCAGACAAACACCGUCCUGGUCGACGACUCGGCCGAAAAGGGCCGUAGCGAGCCCUACAACAUCCUCCAGCUCCCCGAAUUCGAAGGCCACGCCAAUGAGCCACUCGACGUGCUGCCCCAGGUCCACGACUACUUGAACACGCUCUGCUACCAGUCAAACAUCAGCAGCUAUAUACGAGACCGACCCUUUAGAAUCGACUCAAAUUACAGAUUACCACCAACACCAAGCCUACAUAUGGCAUAG